AUGAAGAACAAGGCAAAAGACACUUUGUAUCGCCUAUUUGAGGAAUACUCUACAACAGUUAGUCCUGAUACAAGUAGUUCUAGUAGUGACAACUCUCUAAGUGCUCUUGACACCAACACUUCAAAUGUAAGUAAAGAGUUGGAUAGAUACCUUUUUGCUAGUACAUCUGAGGACACCCCUAUUGAUGAUGAUGAUGAUGAUGAUGAUGAUGAUAUCUUGAUAUGGUGGAAGGUUAAUUCUACCAAGUACAGAGUGCCUUCCUUGAUAGCACAAGAUCUAUUGGCUAUACCAAUAUCUACAGUUGCUUUUGAAUCAACUUUUAGCACUAGAGGACGUGCUAUUGAUGAUUAUAGGAGUUCUUCAUCUCAUAAGAUGACUGAAGCACUCAUUUGUGCCCAGAAUUGGCUAGUUACAAGGCAUUCUCUCUCAGAGUUUGUCUUUAUGUUUCAUGAGGUAGACAAUUUUCAAGAGACUGAUGAUGUGGUUAAUAUUGCAGUUUCCGUUGACCAAGGGUAA